GCGCUCGGAGGAGACGCCCCCUAAACGGGAACCCGGAUUGGCCACAGGGACGACCGCGGCCCCACCCCCUCACCAAGGAAAGUAAAUAAGACCCUUCAAGAAUUUUGCAGUCGCUCCACCUCAUCUACUGCGCGAGGGAGUGUGGCCAGGACUGGAGGCGGGGCUAGGCAAAGAUUGCCCUAUAGGGCGGGGGAAUGAGAAGGGGCUGCUAGUUGGGGGAUAGGGUUUCUUUGGGGGGCGUGGCUUACGGAUCUUGCUUUCCCGCCGACGGUUGGCCACGUCACGUGACAUGGGUUGGAAGAUGGCGUCUCCCACAGAUGGGACAGAUCUGGAAGCAUCUUUGCUAAGUUUUGAAAAACUUGACCGUGCCUCACCAGACCUUUGGCCAGAACAAUUACCAGGUGUUGCUGAAUUUGCAGCUUCCUUUAAAAGUCCUAUUACUAGUUCUCCACCCAAAUGGAUGGCUGAAAUAGAACGUGAUGACAUUGACAUGUUGAAAGAACUGGGGAGCCUCACCACAGCUAAUUUGAUGGAGAAGGUACGAGGCCUACAGAACUUGGCCUAUCAGCUGGGGCUGGAUGAGUCCACCAAGAAAAUUUACUGCAGAGAAGGCGGUUUGGGGAUACUCAUUGUGGAAAGAGAGCCAGAGGCAAGGCUAACUGUAGAUGGAGGAAUUGGAGAAUCUAAAGAAGGGAUUGUAUUAAAGCACACGCCACCUUCAGAGCAAGCAGGACGGAGUCCUCCCUUCAGCCCUGACCUCUCCAAGUAUACCCAGCAAUUCACACGUUCACCCUAUGGUGACGGUCUGUAUUGUGACUCACUCCGCCCAUGGCCUGUACACUGCAUAGGAGGGCCCGUACAUCAUGACUUGACAUGGAGGUCCUGCUUCUCUUCUGCACGCAGCCAGAGAGAUGACACGGGGGAAAUUUCUCAACAUUCUGGAGAAACCCAAGAAGUAGCAGCUGCUUGUGGACAGGAUGUCCUGGGGACUGGAACCCUGCUCCCCUCCCAGUGCAGCUCUGACGACGUGCAACUCUCUGCUUUCUGGUGAGAGGCUGGAGGGUGCACCUCCAGGACUGACCCUGUCCCCGGCUCCUGGCACUCUGCUCCUCUGAGGACAUUCGGCGGCAAGAGAGGAAUCUGCUCGAUGGAUUCUCUACAGAAGGAUCAGUGCAGUUACUCAGUCAGCUUCCAGAUUGACCAUCUCAGCCUUGGGUGUGUGGGUAACACCAGGGGGCACAUCAUUCUUAAAGGUCAAAGUCCUGCCCUCUCGUUUCAGAAAGUGAUUCAGGAGUCCCAGGAUCUUACAGUUGAUUUGGUUUGGUGAUGGCAAAGUCGGUUGUGGGACGUUGAUUGGACGGGUUCUUUUGACUUGUACUUGAUAUCUUAGGAAGUGUUUAUGGUGCGAGGAGACCAGAGACCAAUUAGAUUCUGAAACCGACCAGGCAGCCUAACCUGUGAACUCUCCAAUAUAUAUUGGGUUCCAAGAAUCCCCAGCUGGAGAAGCCAGAAUCUUCAUGAAAUGUAUACCUGCUUUAAAAGUUCUGUACCUCUCACAGCAGUCCCGUUGCCCAGUGCCUUUCAUUCCGCCCCCCCAUCAGUUCUGAUUCCAGGAAAGGUGAUCUCUGUGUAUUGAAUCCCUCCUGGGAUUAGCUAGUGAAAGGCCCAUGCAAGGUUGAAUUGGGUUCUAGACCUCAAGACCAAGUUAAAGAUGAAAGAAAGGACUUUCGAGUUCCAGUAACCUGUUACAGAUUCACACAAGAAAGUCAGUAUGGCCUAAAAGGUAGAAGGGGAUUGCUUACAGGAGUUCCCAUUUGAUUAAAAACUAGAAACUCUAAUUGACCUGAGAGGAAUGUGCUGUGGAAUGGUGGCAAUGUUUUGCCCCCCUUGUCCCCUCUCAUAGCACAUAGCAGAUAUUUCACCAGUGUAACAGAAAUACCCACGCACGUGCAUGCACACACACAGAAAAAAAGAAUUUCCUGAACUAAAUACAGUUCUUAUGGAGCUCUUUGCCAGUCAUCUGUCCCUGUGUUAAAACCUGAAAACCGAACCCAUGCGUAAAAUUGAUGACCCAUGUUCUCCGUAUUUUGUCUCGUAAGCCAGCCCCCAGCCUCUAAUGUUCCGAGAAGUAUAUGAGGCUUCCUAACCUUCGUGCAAAGAACAUCCACAUGGCCGUUGUCUGAUGGUGUUUGGAUACAAGAAAAGUUUGGUUAAACUGUUGGUCCUGAGUGUCCGUGCUAGGGUGCAGCACUAUUCAGUUUAAUAGCUGGUCUAUUAACCAUUUCUGACAUUUGUGCCUUGUUGCCCAUGCUAGAAUUAAUGUUGGGUUUUUCUCUCAUUUUUGCCAUCCAUGCAAUUUUAUGUAUUGAUAAGGGAAAGUUGAACACAAGUCACAAAGGAUGGGUAAGUGAGAAAGAAAAGAUUCGGCCUGGCUGCGAUAUAGAAAUUUAGGCUGGAGAGGCUUAGAUUUUAAGUUAAGCUUAUUAUUGACAUUCCUUUUUCUCUAAAUACGGUUGGAGUGGGAGGGGAGGAGAGUGCAAAAAAUAGUGCUGUAACGUCAGAUUUUUCCUUUGCUCUGUUUUUGAGAGUUGAUGACAUCAGGCACUUUUAAGCAUUUGGGGAAAUUGAGAAGAACAUGGAGAAUAUGAAGAUACCUCCCCAAAACCAACUCAGGUCUGUAACCCAAGGCUAUGGAGUUGGUUUUCUGGUCUGCUUUGGCCUUUCUUUUAUUGUCAUCUUAUUCACCAGCACUUAAUGUAAGUAGAUAUUUUAGAAUUGUGAUAUUUAUUGGUUUUGUAUUUGUCAUCCUUAGAAAUGUUAAUGAUGUAUUUUUAUAUUGAUAAUGUAAAUGGAUGUGUAAUAUGUGUGUACUUCAGGGUUUUAGAGGACUGUGCUUUGUAUAUGAUGGUAUCUGUGUCGUCAUAAUAAAUAUGUCCCUUUUAUAGGAGAGUGAGUUUUUCUUUUC